AUGAUUGUUGUUGACAAGGCGUCCAUGAUCUCCUCACCCAUCUUUGGAGUUAAGGCGUCUACCUUCAAUCGGAUGAACCUUCGCCCCGUUGUGGUCCUGGCAGGUGACAAGUGUCAACAGCAACCUCUGCAGACCGUCAACGGUCGUAUCACCUCCACCACCUCCAUAAUCAACGACAACGCCACCUUCUCUUCACACAAUGCAGUCAUCCAUCGCUUACACCAGCAAUUCAGAAUCGUCGAUGCCGAAUAUGCCGCGUUUCUGGACCUCAUCCGCUUCAUACGCCCAACCCAGGAGCAGGUGGACAAAAUGCAGGACGGGAUUGUUCUUUGCCUUGAAGGUCAGCUGACAGACCGUCAAAUCUGGACAGCCUUCCAGAGCCAUCCCAACAGCACGGUCAUGACAGUCUCCCGCAAAGGAGCACAACGCAUAAACACCAUCGUCGUUGGCCAACUCUUUCAGGGACGCCAGCUGAGCAACAUCCCCUGCGCCUGUGUAGCGGACUCUCAGCCCAUCUACCCGCACAGGAACAUGCGUGUGAUCUUCACAGAGAACCGCGAUAAGGCUGCCCGUGUGGUGAACGGUCAACAAGCCACAAUCACAUCAUCUCAAAAUAACACCAUCAUUCUCCGUUUGCCUGACAGACAACAGGUUUUCGUGUACCCGGUGACACAUAUCGAGGACGACGUACCGGUCACACGUUACCCUUUUAUUACCCCAGCGUAUGCCCAAACCAUCAUCAAAGCUCAGGGCCAAAACAUUCAACAUCUGAUCAUCUGGCUGGACUCCGCCUUGGUUCCAGCCCGUACUGCUUAUGUCGACCUCUCGAGAGUGAGGAGGAAAUCGGCCAUCUCUUUGCUGGAACCAAUCUAUGCAUAUCAGCUAACGCUGGUGCAGCUGUGAAGAGGCCACCAUAUUGACAAAUCGCUGAGAAUACUUUCUCUUCUCUUCAAUUCUCCUCUUCUUUCCCGUUUCACUUCUUCCUAACUCGUCAGUCACCAUCCUCAUCCCUUUGCUAGUCCAACGGUCUAUAUCCUUUCUAAGAACAGAGAACAACAAUAACACUAGGUACCACAGGUACGCUCUUGUGUCGGAGAACACGAGCUGAGGUAACCAACCCUUGGGGAGUGCCGUAAGAGAGCCACCUGUGGACCUCUCUCACUGUCUGUUCGACACCACUCAUGUAUUCAUAUCUUUCCACUCUCUCGUAGUGCUACCUCCUCGAAGUGACAGUCCCCAGUAAGUCGUGUUCAUCCCCAACAGGGCCUAUGCCUCAAACGGGGUUCCAUAUUGACCAAUCCCUCACAAUACUCUAUCGUCUCUUCAAGUCUCCUCUUCUUUCCUAUUUCAGUUCUUCCCAAGUCGUAAAUCAUCAUCCUCCUCCCUUUGCUAGUCCAAUGGUCCUUAUCCUUUCUAAGAAACAGACAACAACAACACUAGGUACCACAAAUUCGCUCGUGUGUCGGAGAACACGAGCUGAGGUAACCAACCCUUGGGGAAUGCCGUAAGAGAGCCACCUGUGGACCUCUCUUACUGUCUGUUCGACACCACUCAUGUAUUCAUAUCUUUCCACUCCCUCGUAGUGCUACCUCCUCGAAGUGACAGUCCCGAGUAACUCGUCUUCAUGUCCAACAGGGCCUAUCCCUCAAACGGGGUUCCAUAUUGACCAAUCGCUCAUAAUAGUCUCUCUUCUCUUCAACUCUCCUCUUCUUUCCUAUUUCAGUUCUUCGCAAGUCGUCAAUCACCAUCCUCCUUCCUUUGCUAGUCCAAUGGUCUAUAUCCUUUCUAACAACACACAACAACAACACUAGGUACCACAGGUUCGCUCUUGUGGCGGAGAACACGAGCUGAGGUAACCAACCCUUGGGGAGGGAUGUAAGAGAGCCACCUGUGAACCUCCCUUGCUGUCUCUUCUACACAAUUCAUGUAUUCACAUCUUUCGAAUCUCUCGUAGUACUACCUCGUCAUGGUGAGAGUCCUCAGUAACCCAUCUUCAUCCCCAAAAGGGCGUAUUGCUCUAACAGGGUCCCAUGGGUGAAGCCAAAGCACUACACAAAAACCAUUUGUCCAUGUAUUCUCUUUCCGGUUACCCAUACCCCCCUUCCAGAGUGACGUCCCCCAAAUUGACGCUCCAAGCCUUUUAGGAUGACCCUCUCUAAGUCUCUGUGUUGCAAAGACACAACUUCCACAACUAACGAUUCUUCAUUUUACAGGCAUGUCUCAUUCUCCUGGUAACAACGGGGCCACACCAAAGCCCAAUUAUAACAAGCACUUCCCCCGUAGUUUCAUGUUAAACUACGGGGUAGCGCUGUCGAACCUCAGCGACGACAAGAUCCUCUGUCGCCUCUUUGACUGGAACUGUGAAUGGCUGUCAAGGCCUAACAUUGCGAUUUCUGAAAUGGCCAGUACGCUGAAAGAAAACUGGAGCAACAUCAUGGCCUAUCGCGGAACGGUGUUUACGGAAGAGUUUGUCGACGAUCUCCGACCCCCUGAGACGUGUCGACAAUAA